AAGAAGCAAAACAGGGUAGAUGAAUGGCGCUAGUUUUGCGCUUUUACUCCAAACACAAGAUACACUGCCUCAGCAACAUUAGCGGGUGCGGAUUUUUGUUGGAAUAUUUACAGGUCGGCGUUAAGUUUCAUCAGUCUUGUGCACCGCUUUCUAAAUUCAACUGUUACAUUCAGCUUUACAGAUGCCAUAUCUGUCUGCAGAUGGCAUGUGCUGUGGCGAUGACGUCGACUGUGACACAUGUGGAGAUGCGUGCCGCUGGGCAUGCACAGCGUGUCCUGUCCACCUUAAACCAGCAGAGAGCAGCGGGGAGCUUUUGUGACGCCCUGCUGAAAGUGACCGACGGGGUUGUCUACGCUGCCCAUCGCAGCGUCCUGGCCUGCUUCAGUCAAAUCUUCCAGAAUGACAACAUGGCCACCGCUUCACCCAGCGUGGAGUUCUGCCUUCAAGAGUGCUCCAGCGAGGGCCUAGAGCUGCUGUUGGACUUUGUCUACACCGGGGAACUGAAGCUGGAUCCGAGCGUCUUGGACAAGGUGCAGAGUGCAGCGUCCAGUUUGUGUGUCCCUGAAGCGCUCGCAAUGUGUCACCGCUUCAGGGACAAACCCAGGGACGCGGUCCCUCUUCUCAAGCGAGGGCGAGGCAGACCGAGAAAGACAAAUUCUGAGGUUUUCUCCAUCUCAGGUGAUGAGCCAAACAAACUGACAGUGGCUAAAGAGCAGUCCGUUUUGGAGGGGGUCGUAGGUGGCGUGAAGGUCCCCGCCACCGCGACCACCCGCUCGGGCCGAGUGGUGAAAGGGCCCAGACGGAUGAUCUCUGAUGAAGACACUGCAUGUGAUGUCCUGGGCAGCGUGGGAGCCCCGCCUCAUUUUUCAGAGCGAGAACAUGCUGAAGACGAGGAUCAGAACACUGAGCAGCCAACAGGUCAAACACAGAUUAACAAGCUGCCGAGCCACAUUAAUGAUACAGGGGCAGUUGAGGACGAAACCGACUCAUUGGAGAGGACCAUCUGCGACUCUGAUGAGGAGUAUAUUCCCACCCACAAGUCCAGUACCGCGGCAGCAUCUCCGCCGAUUUCACGACGAUGUCGGCGCAGUUCGCACAAGAGUGGCCAUGGCGAAACGGCGGAGGGAGAAUCCUCUGUGCGCUGUCCAGUCUGUCACAAAGUAUUCAAGAGCAAAUAUUACCUCAAAGUGCACAACAGACGUCAUACUGGCGAGAAACCGUUUGGUUGCCAUAAAUGUGGAAAGCACUACUUCAGAAAAGAGAAUCUUUUAAUUCAUGAGCUCAGGCACUGUACUGCAACACAGACAUUCACGUGUCGGACGUGCUCGUCGUCAUUUAAAGACAAAGAGGAGCUGCGUGCCCAUGUCGUCUCCCAUGUCGAGCAGAUGCCCUACAAGUGUUCACAGUGUGCUGAACAAUUCAUGUACAAGAAACACCUGAUGUGUCACAUGAUGAAGGUCCAUGGCUACCCCAAACCACAUGCUUGUCCACAGUGCCCGAAAACCUUCUGGACCCGCUAUGAGCUGCGAGUGCAUGAAGCCUCCAAACACCGCGGGGAAAAGCCAUUUGUGUGCGAGGAGUGUGGCCAUCGAGCGUCCAGUCGCAAUGGCCUGCAGAUGCACAUCAAAGCUAUCCACAGAAACGAGCGCCCCUUCCUUUGUAGCAUUUGCGGCCACGCCUUCUCCCAGAAAAACAACCUCAACAUGCACCUGCGCGUACAUAGUGGCGAAAAACCAUACCAGUGUCACCUGUGCGGCAAAACCUUCCGCACGCAAGCUAGCCUCGAAAAACACCACCGGACGCACACGGGCGAGCGGCCCUUCCCCUGCGACGUGUGCGACCAGCGCUUCACAGAGAAGGGCGCCCUCCUUCGCCACAAGGCUAGCAAGCACGAAGAGGGUCGCCCCCACUGCUGCCACAUAUGUAACAAGACUUUUAAAGCCAAAGAACAACUGCGGGUCCAUCUGCGUCGCCAUAAGGGUAUGAGGAAGUUCGAGUGUGAUGACUGUGGCUACAAGUUUACCCGACAGGCACAUCUGCGUCGACACGUUCAGAUCCACAAGCGGACCGAGAACUACAACCCGCGACAGAGGAAACUGCGGAACGUGGUCGUGGAUGAGCACGACGGAGGUCCGGGUGACUUUGACGCCACCAAACCAGGAGAGGCCACACCAGUCGCUGUGGAAGCGGUUGGCGCCGCAUCUUCUGGCAUGGGGUCCAGUUGCGUGGUGACAGUGGUGAUCGAGUAGAGCACAUCUUUGUACCGCAAACACAACUUUGGACAUGGAAGAGAAUCUCACUUCUGUGCUGCUCUCCCUGCCAGAACCGCCUCUGAUUGUCAUUCAUAGUUAUUGUGCUCGUUCUCGCAUCCGCCAGUAAGUUAUUGGUCAACAAGGAGUUGUACCAUACCUGUCAAGUUUUGGAUGUGAAAAUAAGGGAAUUUUUUUUCGGGAUACGCAUACAUAAUACUCAUACUUAAUUUGACUCAACUUAUCUUUGAUGAUUUGUGCUGCCUUGUUUUUUCCUGCUGAGUAUUUCCGUGCGAUAGCACAGUCAGGGAACAUCUCAGCUACACACUUGUUGAAGUCGUCACAGAAGGUGAAAGCAACGUUGUUUUUGGCACACAGCAUUGCCAGUUUAACCUCCGCAUUUAUUACCUGGUCUGCCGGGGUGGUAUUUCUAAUCACAAAUGCUACCAUAGCCUGGACAUGUUUCUAUGCUUCUAGCCAGUGCAGCUCCUUAGUGGAUUCUGACUGAUGUCGUCCUUUCCGCAUUUGAGGCACUAAAAUCCCUGUUACAAAUCGUACAAAAUGCAUGACUAUGCCCCAUCUUGUUCUCUAGAAAAUUAAAUUCACUGUCGCAUUUUUCUAAAUAUUUACAGAACCUCUUUGUUUUUUGGGCAGCAAUGCCUUCUUUGUCACGCCCAUCCAUCUCUCUCAUUUGUUUUUCGAGUUUGUUCCCGCUGUCAGCACAGUUCUCGCGAUGCGAGUGACAGUUCAGUUCGGAGAGUCUGGGGAACUUUUUUUUUUGUUUUUGUUUCCAUUAUAAUAUGGGAGAUUUAUACUAAUCCGGGAGGCCGGCGGGACAGAGGGGUAAAAUACGGUAUUGUCCCGGCCAAAACAGGACACUUGACAGCUAUGAGUUGUACUCCUUGAUGAGAGCGACAACCCUGUCAGCCGAAUCAUUGCCACACUUCAGGCUGUGUGUUAUUUACUAUGCAGUCUUAAAAGCAUCUCAAGAGUCCCACAUAUCAGGGUCAGCCUUGGGGAAAGUCUGUGGUUAAGCGUAAACAUCUAAAGAAGUUUAGGGUGUUUUUUGUCACAAGCCGUGUCAGAGAUUUGAUGGCGAUUUGUAUGUGUUUUGGGCCUUUUGGUGAACUGGCGACUCCUUCAACUCCCAACAAUGGCUUGAUUCAUUUGGUGAUGCAGGUAACUAACUACCAAACUGGUCCACAAUAAUCCAUACAUAUUAACUGCAUGGUCGAACAAGUCCAGUGCUGCCUGCCAUGAGCACACAUUUUAACGAUUAUACAUUCUAGCAGAAUUUAUCACGAUAUGGGAAAACUCCUAAUUUGCAUAGUAUACAUAUGUGAAAAGUCUUGAGCAACCUCUAAAUUUUGAUUGAUAGAAUUUUGCCCAAAUAUGUUUUUUUAAAUGUAUUGAAACAUUGGUAAGGUGAUGAACUUUUAAAGAUUCAAUAAUAAGGACUGCCUCUGACCUCUUGCAAAUGUCUCAUCAAAGUGCAGACUACAGCUGCAUAAUCACAAAAGUUACAGUAAAUGUAGGAUGUAACAAAGCAUUUUUGGUCGCAUUGAUACAAUGGGACUUCCAGUAUAUACUAGUUGAUAAAAGAGAAAAAAAGAUACUUUGACAGAAAUUUUGAUUACCACAUUUAUACAAAUAUUUUUCUGCCCACACCCAUUAAAGGAAAUCAGCUAUGACUGCUGCACCUAGGAAAUAAGUGGUGCUACAAGCAUGCUAUAACUGCAAGGUCAUUUUGGUUGAGCUGUAGCAUGAAUAAAGACAAUCUGGGUAGACUAAUGAUGAACGGGAGUAAUAUGUGUAAAAUUGCCCUUUUUGUCAGCAUGUUUUUUUUUGGGGGGUAUAAAAUGGGGCAAAAAAAGUAGUCAGCCACCAAUUGUGCAAGUUCUCCCACUUAAAAACAUGAGGCCUGCAAUUUUCAAAAGUUGAUCUCAAUACUUUGUUCUAUACCCUUUGUUCGCAAUGACAGAGGUCAAACGUUUUCUGUUAAGUCUUCACACACUGUUGCUGGUAUUUUGG